AUGUACAAAAAAGUAGUUGUAAUAACUCCUCUUCAAUUUUGUAGCAAGGUAUUGUUAUGCUUGAUACAGAAUGUAUAUUCUUGUUUCCUAGCAAAUGUCCUGGAAACGCUUCGAGGUGAUGGAAAUGUGUUAAUAGCAGUGGACACUGCAGGCAGAGUUUUGGAACUUGCUCAACUCCUUGAUCAGAUCUGGAGAACUAAAGAUGCAGGGCUAGGUGUCUACUCACUGGCACUCCUGAAUAAUGUCAGCUACAAUGUGGUGGAGUUUUCUAAGUCCCAGGUAGAAUGGAUGAGUGACAAAUUGAUGAGAUGUUUUGAAGACAAAAGAAAUAAUCCAUUUCAGUUCCGCCACCUCUCUCUGUGCCACGGUCUUUCUGACCUGGCCCGGGUACCGAGCCCUAAAGUGGUGCUUGCCAGCCAGCCCGACCUGGAAUGUGGAUUUUCAAGGGAUCUCUUUAUUCAGUGGUGUCAGGACCCUAAAAACUCAAUCAUUCUAACCUACAGAACUACUCCUGGGACUUUAGCACGUUUCCUAAUUGAUAAUCCUUCCGAAAAAAUUACAGAAAUAGAGUUAAGGAAGCGUGUGAAGCUUGAAGGGAAAGAACUUGAAGAAUACUUGGAAAAAGAGAAACUAAAGAAAGAAGCUGCGAAAAAACUUGAGCAGUCAAAAGAGGCAGACAUAGAUUCUAGUGAUGAGAGUGACGUUGAGGAAGAUAUUGACCAGCCCUCAGCUCAUAAAACCAAGCAUGACCUGAUGAUGAAAGGUGAAGGUAGUCGUAAAGGAAGUUUCUUCAAACAGGCUAAAAAGUCUUAUCCUAUGUUUCCUGCCCCAGAAGAAAGAAUUAAAUGGGAUGAAUAUGGAGAAAUUAUCAAACCAGAGGAUUUCUUAGUGCCAGAACUUCAAGCAACUGAAGAAGAGAAAAGCAAAUUGGAAUCUGGCUUGACAAAUGGAGAUGAACCCAUGGAUCAGGAUCUAUCUGAUGUUCCCACUAAGUGUAUUUCUACAACAGAGUCUAUUGAAAUAAAAGCUAGGGUUACUUACAUAGACUAUGAAGGACGCUCUGAUGGAGAUUCCAUUAAAAAGAUCAUUAAUCAGAUGAAACCACGACAGUUGAUCAUUGUCCACGGACCACCAGAGGCCAGUCAAGAUCUUGCCGAGUGCUGCCGUGCAUUUGGUGGGAAAGAUAUUAAGGUGUACAUGCCAAAGCUACACGAAACAGUUGAUGCCACUAGUGAAACUCACAUCUAUCAGGUGAGAUUGAAAGACUCACUUGUCAGCUCCCUUCAGUUUUGUAAGGCAAAAGAUGCUGAAUUAGCUUGGAUAGAUGGAGUCUUAGACAUGAGAGUUUCCAAAGUGGACACAGGAGUUAUCUUAGAAGAAGGAGAACUGAAGGAUGAUGGAGAAGACUCGGAAAUGCAGGUGGACGCUCCUUCGGACUCCAGCGUUCUGGCACAACAGAAGGCCAUGAAGAGCCUGUUUGGGGAUGAUGAAAAAGAAAUGGGUGAAGAAAGUGAGAUCAUUCCGACUUUGGAGCCCUUACCCCCCCAUGAGGUUCCUGGACACCAGUCAGUUUUUAUGAACGAACCAAGACUGUCAGACUUCAAACAAGUUCUUUUACGGGAGGGGAUUCAAGCUGAAUUUGUAGGGGGCGUACUUGUUUGCAACAAUCAAGUAGCAGUCCGCAGGACGGAAACUGGCCGCAUUGGAUUAGAAGGCUGCCUUUGUCAAGAUUUUUAUAGGAUAAGAGACCUUUUAUAUGAACAGUAUGCCAUUGUGUAAAGAACGUGAUGUCAAGAAGUGUCUGUUUGACCUUUCUAAGAGAAAAGGGUUCUUAUUCUAAGCUUUUGCUUUUUUGUUUUGUAACAUACAAAAAAGAAAUGCCAGAAAAAUUUAACAUGCAUUAGAUUUUUUAAAAAUGUAAAUAGAGUUCGUUUUGCUAAUGGUCAAAUGAGCAUUCUACCUUUUGACUUUCAGAAUGAUAGAGAUUCUAACAAGUGUGCAGGCCGGAGAGUUGAAGAUGAUUGGUUUCCUCUAUAGACCCCUUAUUCUAGAAGGGCUUUUUACUUGAAUAAAACAAUGCAACUUAGCAAACCAGCUCAUGGCCUUAGAGAAACAUGUUUGCAUGAGCUCUUGCAAACAGUUUCUUACGUUUUCUGGAAUGAAAAGUGAGAAUUAUUUAGAAAAGAUGUGUGUUAUAUAAAAAAAACUGAUGAAACGGUUUUUUGAGGCCUAUGUGUUUAAAAAACAAAAAACAAAGAGUGUACACUCAGACUUUUCUUUGGAAUUCUGAUAUGCAGUUGGGGCAUAUCUCCUUAUCCCUGCCUAUAUUUCCUGGGUAUUCACUCUAGUCUGAGCUGGUACACAUUUGGGUCAGGAAUCAAUUUUUAUUUCUCCCAUUUCCUGUUUUAUCAAGAUUUUGUUGUUCGGUAUGAAUUAUAACAGCAUCAUUUGAAUAUAUAUAAUGCAAAAGAAAUCCUUGAUGUAUGCAUUUAGAUACAUCUUAGCUCUCAGCUAGGUUACUUUAUCGGAAACUGUUGAGCGCUCUGUUUUUAAGGAAACAAAUGCUGAACCACCUAUUUUUAUAAGGUAAUAGUAUAAUUUAAUCAAAAGGUGUAAAUGUUUUCAUCUCUUAGGCUUGCUCCUUCCUAGGGUUGCUGAAGCAGUGGCUGGAUUUUAUAACCUUGCUACAAAAAUAAUACUGAAGUUGGAUAAGGUCAUCCUUUCUUGUGUUCCUGUCUUUCUUCGGGCUAGCAGCCCUCACGUAGUAUAAAUCACUUGUGUUUAAGAGUAAAAGCUGAAUAUAUGCAAUUCUCAUUGAACUUAAAAAUGAAAAUCGUGUUGCCCAAUUGUAACGUGUUGAUGCUUUUUCAGUGCGUAACUUGAUCAUGGCAGUCCUUGAUCUUUACUUCCUAAGUAUUUAAGCCCUCCUCUUCAUACUUAGCGUUUUUAGAAGGAUCAUUCUUGUUUAACUUAUAUGGAUCUAUGUAUAGUACCACCCAGUGAUAUCAGACUAGAAUUAAAAUUUCAAAGCUUACAAAGAAUUUACUGUGGAUUAUAGUGCUAACGCAAAGUUAGAGUUUUCUGAUCCUGAAAACCAGAUGUGCAGAACAACAUUACAGAAGAUGACGGUGAAGAGUAUGUUUUCUUUGUAGAGCUUUGAAAAUUUUUCACUUAAAUUCUUGUUACUGAAGAGAGUAAGCCUAGAAUCCUAGUUAUAUUCCAGGGGAAAAAAAGUCUGCAUUCGUUACAUGGCUUGAAGCAUCUGGUUAUACAUAUUACAUUGCAUUCCCGAUAUUGAAAAAUUGUUUCUUGCUUUAGCCUUUUUAUUGUCCUUUGAAAAGGAAUUAAAUUUUAAAGUACUGCUUGAAGAUGGCUGUGCUAACUAAUGUCAUUGCAAGAGCAAGACUUUGACCUGUUUCUAGAGGACAGUAUUACUAAACUUCCUAAAAUGAAGACAUUUGUUCAGCCUUGGUUACUUAAGAAAAGUAUAAAUUUUAAAAAGGACUAUAGAUAAAUCAUGAACGCAGAGAACUUUUUCAGAUCUUUGUUUAAAGGCAAAAUAAAUACAAGUGGACCAUCAGCUUAUAUGUAUAGAUAAUUUGGUUAAAAGAAAUUUUAUUGUAGCAUUUGUUACAAUGAGAUUAUAAAUGUCAAGUUUCAUUACAGUUUUUUUUUGUUUUGUUUUCAUGAACCAGUAGGUGUUCUGAAACAGAAGUGCAGAGGUCAAUUUUCUAACAAGGGCCUUUAAAAAAAAUUGAGCUCUAAUUCACGUACCGUAAAAUAUACUCUUUUAAAGUAUAUAAUUAAUUGGCAUUUAGUAUGUUUAGUGUUGUACAACCAUUACCACUAGCUCAUUCCAGAACAUUCUCCUCUCCCUCAAAAGAAACUCUAUACCCAUUCCUUAGCAGUCACUUCCCGUUUUUUCCUUCACCCUAGUCCUAGGCAACCAUCAAUCUCUUUCCUGCCUCUAUGGAUUUGCCUAUUCUGAAUAUUUCAUAAAAAUGGUAUCAUACAAAA